AUUUAGGUCUUUAUAAAUGGACGAGGAGUACUCAUUAGUCAAGCAUGCACAGAUAGCUAGAUAGAGUUAUUCAGUAGUAGAAAAAAUGUGGAUCUUCCAUCACUUUUCCUCAGAGCUGCAGCAACUUGGAACUUCCUCCUUGUUGCUACCCUUAUUCUUCACCAUCUUAGCCUCGUCCUUCAUUAUCUUCUUCUUCAAGAAACCAUCUCCACUCGACAGAAAACUACCACCUUCUCCACCUAAGCUUCCAAUCAUAGGAAACCUCCACCAACUCGGCUUACAUCCUCAUCGUUCUCUUCGAAUCUUGGCUCACACGCAUGGUCCGAUCAUGUUGCUUCACUUAGGGAGUAACCCGGUCUUAGUUGUCUCGUCAGCUGAACUAGCUCGCGAGAUCAUGAAAACCCAUGAUCUUAUCUUUGCAGAUAGACCUACUACAAAAUUGCUGACGAUGCUUGUGUAUGAUCAGAAAGAUGUGGCUGUAGGUCGGUAUGGUGAACACUGGAGACAAAAGAAAAGCCUAUGCGUUGUGCAUCUACUUAAUAACAAAAGGGUACAAUCUUAUAGAAAAGUUCGAGAAGAAGAGAUAAAUUUAAUGAUCGAUACCAUAAAAAACUCUUCUUCUUCGUCGUCAGUAGUAAAUUUCAGUGAAGAGAUUGCUAAGGUUACGAAUAAUAUAGUUUGCAGAAUAGCUCUGGGGAGAAAGUAUGGGCCGAUAGGAGGGAGAACAGUUAGGGAGCUAUUAGAGGAAUUUCAGAGUUUAUUGGGAGGUUUCGAUGUUGGGGAUUAUAUUCGAUGGCUGGGGUGGGUUAAUCAUGUGACUGGGCUGUAUGCUAAAGCGGGAAAAGUGGCUAAAGAACUUGAUGAUUUCCUAGAAAUGGUACUUGAUGAACAUAUAGCUAGUGGUUGCUAUAGCAAAGAAGAUACUAAUAAGGAUUUUGUGGAUGUUUUGCUUUGCCUUCAAAAAGACAAUUUGGCUGGUUUUCCUAUUGAUAGAACUUGCAUUAAAGCUAUCACUCUGGAUAUAUUUAUAGCUGGUACAGACACUACAUAUACAUUGAUGGAAUGGGUGAUGACAGAACUCUUAAGACAUCCUGAGAUCAUGAAGAAAGUUCAAAAUGAAAUAAGAGAAAUUGCCAAAAGCAAAUUGUUUAUAUCAGAAACAGAUCUAAACAAACUGCAAUUCUUAAAAGCUGUGAUUAAGGAAACUUUUCGAAUGCACCCUCCAGUCCCGUUACUACUUCCUCGUGUAGCCAUGAAAGAUGUCAAAUUACAGGGAUACGACAUUGCAGCCGGAACCCAAGUUAUCGUUAACGCUUUUGCAAUAGGUAGAGAUCCCACAUUAUGGGACCAGGCUGAAGAGUUCCGGCCAGACAGGUUUCUAAAUAACUCGAUUGAUUUCAAAGGACAUGAUUUUGAACUGAUACCAUUUGGAUCAGGCAGAAGGACUUGUCCUGGUAUUCAGUUUGCAACGAUCACAGAUGAGCUUGCGCUGGCAAAUUUGCUAUACAAGUUCGACUGGACACCACAUGGUGUAGCUAAAGGAGAAGAUUUGGAUGAUACUGAAAGCAUCGGUCUCACUAUACAUAAGAAAUAUCCAUUAUUUGUUGUUGCAACUCCAUACAUAUAAUUGUUUGUAAAAUAUUUACGGCGUGUACAAACUUUUCUGCAUGCACUAUGAAUAACGUUAAUCUAUAUCAUAUACU